AUGCGUGAAGCAGAUAUUAAAAAAAUUUAUGUGAAAUUUUUCAUCGAUGAUGGUUCAUCAACUAUUUCUAUACUAAUUGAUGAAAGGUGGACAGUUGCUGAAUGUAUUCGUCAAAUUGCUUCCAAAUUGAAUGUCCCAUUAAGUGAUCAUCAUGCUAUCGUCGAAGAGUAUCCUGACCUUUAUAUCAAACGAAUCUAUGAGGAUCAUGAAUAUUUAGUGGAAAAUAUUAUGAUGUGGACAUUAAAUUCUCAGAAUAAAUUAUAUUUUACACGACGUUUGGAUAAAUAUUCAUUUCUGGAUCGACCGGAAGAAUUCCUUGUAACCCAGAAAAACAUCGAUACAUUGGUACAUGGUCCACCGUCACCAAAUACGAAAAGACAUGUAAUUAGGGAAUUUUUUGAAGGAGAUAAUGUACAACCACCGGAAACAGAAGGUUGGUUAUUUCUAAAAUCAGAUGGUAAGAAAUCAUGGAAGAAACAUUUCUUCGUGCUUCGCUUAUCUGGUCUCUAUUAUUGUCCAAAGGGUAAAAGUCGUAAUUCGAAGGAUUUGCAAUGUUUGAUGAAUAUGCAAACUAAUCAAGUUUAUACAGCUACCGAUUGGAAGAAGAAAUAUAAAGCACCGUCCAGUUAUGGUUUUGCUAUUAAACAUCCGAAAAUUCAAGUGAAAGCAUCAAAAUAUAUCAAAUAUGUUUGUACUGAAGAUGCGUUAACAUUUCACAAAUGGAUGGUAGCUUUGAGGAUUGCAAAGAAUGGUCGAAAUCUGUAUGAGAGUUAUAUGGAGAUGAAGAAACAACAACAAACAGAAUUAAAUGGAGUAAUUCAACCUGUAAAAGUUGGAAUUCCACAAAUCUCACCUGUUGAUUCCAAUCGUAUAUCUUUUGUUGAAAUGCGAAAAACUAACAUACGACAAUGUCAACAACAAGAUCCAUCACCUUUACUAAAUUUAAAUCGUGAUUUACGAACUCCUAUCUCAUCCAGAUUAUCGAUGGGAACAAGUAAUGAUGGAAAUUCAUCAUCUCAUCAAAAUAGUAUUAUUUUUGAUCAGUGUGAUGAUAUCAUAACGGGUACCAUAAAACGAGCACCAUGUGAUAUAAUGCUCAAUAAUAGACAAUCAACAAUAACUGAUCAUCGAAAUUCUAACGAUGGUAUUGCUUCACCAAGUGGUCGUAGUGGUGGUACUGCUGAAAGUGAUAGUGAUGAAGAACAAUUUCCGCCACCACCACCAACUGUGAUUACUCAUGGAGAAGAUUCUCAUGAUAAUGUAUAUAAUAAUCAAGAUGACACUACAGUAACGACACCAAUUGCAAAAAUUACUUUCUCUCAACAGCAACAACAACAACAACAACAACAACAACAACAACAACAACAACAACAACAACAACAACAACAACAACAACAGCAGCAGCAACAACAACAACAGCGACAACAACAACAACAGCAACCAAGUACUAGUCAUAUGGUUGUUACACGUUCAUCAACUUAUACUAAUGGUAAUUAUGUACCAAAUAUGAAAUCAAAUGUUAUGGUACCAAUACCACCAACAAAACCACCACAAUUUGUGAUACAAAAUGGACGAAAUCAAAUAAUUACCAAUGAAAACAAUAUAACAUUGAGUAAUCAUCAUCAUCAUCAUCAUCAAUCUAAAACAUCGUUGACAUCACUACCAAAGAAAACACCACCACCACCACCACCGAAACGAUCAGAUGCCACAAAACUUCAAUCGAUGAAUGCUGAAGCUUUACAUUCAGAAUUAGAAAUAGCAAUGGCAAAAAGAUUGCAAAAGAUUGGACAACUUUAG